UUAUUUAUUACACGUGGCACUUUGACAGCAACCGGUUGUCAAUUUAAGGGGACACAACUCCAUUUAGAAAAUUAGUGAAGAAAACAAAAUGGCGACUAGGAACGAGUUUCUACCAGAGGCCCUCUUCAAAUUUGAUAAUUUGGAAGGUUAUGUACAGAAACAUUUAAAGAAUGUGUAUGGAUGUUUGGGUAUUGGUAUGUUGUCUGCAGCAGUUGGUGCCUAUAUUCAUGUAUUCACCAACUUAAUGCAGGCUGGUCUGUUGACAGCUAUUGGAUCCAUUGGUUUAAUGAUAUGGUUGGCCUCCAUUCAUCACAGUAAAGAAACACAGGGAAAGAGAAUUGCUAUCUUUGGUGGUUUCACCUUCUUAUCAGGAAUUUCUCUAGGCCCACUUCUUGAUAUGGCCAUCAUGAUUGACCCAAGCAUCAUUCCAACUGCUCUGUUAGGUACCGCUGUUGUAUUCAUCAGCUUUACAUUAGCAGCUCUCUAUAAUACCAACAGAACUUUCCUGUAUCUUGGAGGAUUUAUUAUGUCUGGGUUGUCAUUUCUACUGUUACUGUCUAUUGGUAACUUGUUCUUCAGAUCACAGUUGAUCUUUGAUAUUAAUUUGUAUGGUGGACUUGUCAUCUUCUGUGCCUUUGUUCUUUAUGACACUCAACUUAUUGUUGAAAAACGCAGACGUGGUGAUGAUGACUUUGUAUGGCACUCAGUUGAUCUGUUCAUUGAUUUUAUCCAGAUUUUCAGAAGACUUCUUAUCAUCCUCUCUAGAAAGGAAGAUGACAAGAAAAAAAGGAGAAAUUAAAUUCCUUUUCUGUAGCUGAUUUUUAUGUUGGUAGAUAAACUAUUAAAAAAAAGGUAAAAACAACGGACUUCACACCACAGAAGAACAUCAACUUAUUGUUGAAAAUGCUCUAAGGACUGAUUUUAGAUUUAUCUACCAACUUAAAAUUGUCUUGGACUUGAUAGCCUUUCAUUGUAAUCAAAAGGAAGGCUGCAUUUUUUCUCUUUCAAGUUUUAUGUGGACAGUUAUUUUUUCAUAAUUGAUAUUUGUACUAAAUUUGAAAAAAUUUUAUUAAGAUUUCCAACAUUACCCUAUUAUUUUUUUUUUUUGUUUUUUUGAAAAAAAAAAAAAAUCAGUCUUUAAUUGCAAAACUGAUGAAAAUUUGAUAAAAUAUUUGUGAAAGAGCUUUCACUGAUUAAUGUCCACUAUUUUGUUAUAAUAUUUUGAUUUAUUUUACUGUAUGGUUUUUAAAUGUAACCCUUAACCAUGAAUUAUAUGCUAAUAGAUAACACUAGUUGAUAUUUAUAUCUGAGAAUCUUAACUUAACUUUAACAUUUGACCAGUAGAAUGGGAUAUAUUAGGUAGUAUUGUUGAAUUUUUAAAAAAUAUUAUGCAGCGAUUCUGAAACUAAAAUAGUCUGUAGUAAGGAAACACUAAUUAUUUGGAGCUAUAUUCAAAAAUAUGGAAACUAAAAUAUCAUAAUAAUGCAAUCUUUCAUUGGUCAAACCCUCUAAUUUGUAUUAUUAUUUUAAGGCUCUGCCAAUGAAAAGGUUGUGUUCUUAAAAAUAUUUUAGAAGAAGUUUUUAUGAAUAAGAAUACAGAAAAAUAUUAUACAAUUCAACUGCAUGGAAUAAAGUUGUCUUUGUCAACCAGAAAGUAAUGUACUUGUAUCAUGACCAUAAUAUUAACCGAUUUUUACCUUGAAAUUGAGUGCGCAUACUAAACAAGUCUAAUCUUACAGAUGUGUUUUCACAAGAUUUAGGAUUGGUGUUUUGAAAACUCCUCAGAUUUUAAGAUUAGAUAACACAAAACUUUAGCUUAAUUGUGGUUCUUACAAUUUAAUAUAUUCUGCUAAACUUUCAUUUUUCAAAUAAAGGUUUAUUGAUAUUGAUAUUUUAUAAGUAAAAUAAAACAUUUUUACCAAAUUUGAAAUUUUUGAUGCUAAUGGCGCCUUGCUUAGACGGUGUAGUUGUAAGUGUCAAUUUGAAAUUCAAUUAAUUUAUAUAUGUCUGUGAUUUAUGUUAUUGUUUUUGUGUGUAACUCUUAUUGUCCUUGAUUAAAGAAGUAAAUAUAUAAUUUUCAA